AUGGCAGAUAGAGAUCUAAUUACAUGCCACGCCCUCGACACAACUACUGGUCGACCAGCUGCCGGAAUCAAUGUCACUUUGGUCUCCCUUUUCGAGGAAUCGACCAUCUUUCGAGCCAUUACGAAUACCGACGGUCGAAUUGCUAACUGGAAUAAUGAUGCCGGGUCUAAGAAAGUCGGCGAACUGAUCGUUGAAGGAGGAAAAGCAGAAUUUCAGAAUCUGCCAAAGGGAUCCAGCAUGUGGAAGUUACGAUUCGAGACUGGCGCAUAUUAUGGUUAUGAAAACACUUUCUUUCCCUGCGUUGAACUCAACUUCGUGGUCAAGGAAGGAGAACAUUUCCACGUUCCUCUACUUUUGGGUCCAUAUAGUUAUACAACUUAUCGCGGAAGUUAG